AUGACUUCAGAAAUACAUGAGUCGAUUUCCAAGAGAAGAAAGACAUCAGAGCCUGCAAAAUUCAGACCAGGUUUUAUUAGAAAUGUUAAAGUUUGGAACUUCACUACUUAUUCCUAUACUGAGUUUUGCUUAUCUCCCACAUUAAACAUGAUCAUUGGUCCCAAUGGUAGUGGUAAGAGUACAUUAGUUGCGUCGAUUUGUAUCGGUCUUGCUGGUAACAUAACAUUGAUCAAGCGUAAGAAUUUGAAGUCCAUGAUCAAAACUGGCCAUGAAAGUGCAGCUGUGGAAAUCACAUUGGAGAACCAUGAAGGGAAAUCACCAAUUGUUGUGAAAAGAGAAUUUACCGCCAAAGAAUCUGCUUGGACAAUAAAUGGCCAAAGAUCAACGGAGACAAAAGUUCGAAAAUUAAGAUCAGAAUUCAACAUUCAGUUGGAUAAUCUUUGUCACUUUUUACCACAAGAAAGAGUAGCAGAGUUUGCCGGUUUAUCUCCAGAAAAAUUGCUAAUGGAGACAGAAAGAACAUUGGGUGAUGGUCAUUUAUUAAGGAAACAUGAAGAGUUGAUUGGUCACGAUAAUACUUGUCAAACGUAUAUCAAUAAGAUAGAAGAGCUCAAAACAAGAUUGGCACAGUUACAAAAAGAAAAGACCACAUUGGAAGAAGAAGCAAAGAAAUUUGAAGAGUACGAGAAAAAGGCCGAAGAGAUUUCAAACCAUACGCUCUUGAUUCCCUAUGCGAAAUUUCAUGACUUGAAGAAACAAAGAGCUCAUCUUAAGGCUGCAAGGGAUAAAGCAAAAAAUAAACUUCGGUCAUUCCAGGCUAAUUUUAAACCAUUAGAAGAUGAAAUUUCCUCAACAGAAUCCAGAAUUAUUAAAGAAUCAGAAGAAUACGAAGAAAUCAAAAAAGCUGUUCGAGGCUAUGAUGUGAGAAUUGAUCAGUUCAAAAAGACACAGAAGCAGUGUGCAAAUGAGAUUGCUGAAUUGAUUGCAAAUGCAAAAUACUAUAGGACCAAGGCUGAACAGAAGAAGAGAGAACUUGAAGAAGUUAAACAAGAGAUUAAAAGGAUUAUUGAAAAGAAGCUGUGUUUUCCCGAAGUGGACCAAGAAAAAUUAAGUGAAUUAGCUAACCAAGCAAGUGCCAAGAGACACGAAAUGAGAGAGUUUGAAGACAAAAUUACAGAAGAGAGUAGUCUUAAGAAUGAAAUUGGAAGAGAAAUAACUAACUUGGAGCACCAAAAGCGAACUGCAGAAAGAACACUUCAAAGUAAGGACAAAUUGGAUGUUUUAGUAGGUGCUGCUCGACAGGGCACCAAGUAUAGACUUCGUGAUGAAGCUUAUGAAGCACACAGAAGAUUAAGAUCAAAUUCAAAGUCACAAGGAAGAUACUUUGAAGCUCCUGUUGUAUCUUGUAAUGUGACAAAUGUUAACUAUGCUGCUGCCAUUGAGAAGGUGAUUGACAACAAUUCUUUGUUUGCAUUUACAGUCACUUCACAAGCAGAUCUCGACUUUCUUAGUAGAUUUUCAGAAGAAAACAAUUCUAACACACCAAUAAGAUUGGUGAAUUCUAUCAUUAAUCCAACCGCAACAUACAACCAACAAGAAUUAAGAUCAUUUGGCUUUGAUGGAUAUCUAUCCGAUUUUAUAACAGGUCCUAAGGAGGUAUUAUCAAUGCUUUACAAUACUUCUAAGUUGCAUACUAUUCCAGUAAGUAGCCAGCCAUUGUCAAAUGAGCAAGUGAAGAGAUUGACAAAUACACCACCAUCAGGUAAAAUACCGUUCAUGAAGUUUGUUGCUGGUGAUACCUUGUAUAAUAUCCAGAGAUCAAGAUAUGGUUCCCAACAAUCUUUCUAUGUCACAGAAAAGAUUUCUCGAUCAAACUAUUUUGCUGUACAAGGUAUGUCACAGGAAGCGAAGGAUUCUAUUAAGAGAGAGAUUGAAAUGCUAAACGAGCAAAUUGACGAGAGAAAGAAAGUCUAUGAAAGUCAUCGAAGUGCUGCCGAACGUUACUCUCGUGAAAGAAAUGAGCUCAAACAACAAAUGCUUGCCGUCAAAAGUGAACAACAGGAAUUGGUUAAAAUUUCUCAACAAGUGAACGACUUGCAAACUCUGAUUACACUCAAGAAAGAAAGAGCAGAGAAAUUAGAAGAAGACGCCAAUAAGGAUUACUCACUGAAAGUACACGCAUACGAACAAAAGAUUCAACAGAAGUAUGAUAUUUUUGGUGAUGCUUCUGCUUCUAUUUCUAGUGCAUUGGUUGAAAUGGCAGAGAAGGAUAAUCAAGCUAGACUUAAAAUGAUCAGCAUGAUUAACUUCAAGAAUAGGAAGAGUGCGGCUGAAUCUUUAGUACGUGAAUUGAGAAGAAUGCAAGAGAAAUUGAAAGACGAUUAUAAUCGGUACAAGAGAGAAUACGAUGAGAUCAAGCAGAGUGAUGCUUAUGUUGAAAUUGAAAGACAAAACCAAGCCUAUACUGAUGAAGAGAGAACUCGUUUGGCCGAAUUGGCAGAGGAGUACGUGACAAAUGGAACAUUCACGGAAGCCACUAUACUUCUGAAGAUUGAAUUGUUGAGAGCCGAGUUGUCGCUUUUAACUGGUGGGGAUAAAAGUUCCAUUGAUGCUUUGAAGAAGAAAUUACAGGAUAUCAAAGAUGCAGAAAGAUAUUUGCCAGAGCUUGAGUCUAAAAAAGAGCAGUUGGAUAAACAAAUUAGUGAUCUUCAAGAAAAAUAUGAAAGUGAAUUGUCAGAAUUAGUUGAGAAGAUAUCGGUUGCUUUUAAGAAGAGGUUCACCAAAGUUGCCAGCGAUGGUCGAGUGCAAUUAGCUAAACUGGACAGAUUUAAGGACUGGAAGUUACAAAUUCUUGUCAAAUUUAGAGAAGAGUCAGAAUUGAAAGUAUUAGACCACCAGUCACAAUCUGGUGGUGAGAGGGCAGUUUCAACUAUUUUUUUCAUUAUGUCAUUACAAGGAUUAACAGAUGCUCCAUUUAGAAUUGUUGAUGAAAUCAAUCAAGGUAUGGACCCUAAGAACGAACAGAUGGCACAUCGUUAUUUAGUUCAUACUGCUUGUCAGAACAACAGAUCACAAUAUUUCUUGGUUACACCAAAAUUGUUAACUGGAUUGUACUAUCAUCCUGACAUGGUAGUUCAUUGUAUUUUCACUGGACCUUACAUUACCGAUGACCACAAGGAUAAACGUGACAAAAACCAACUUUUGUUGAAUUUUGCUGUCUAA